UUUCCUCAUACGUUUGAAUUUGUUCAUUUGUUCAAUUAUUGCUCAGUACGUAGUCGGACCUUUUCCAAGAAAGGAACAGAACGAAAAUGAAAAUCUUUUUCUGGGCUUGUCUUCUGACGAGUUCCGUCUACGCAGGGUCAGACACUUUUGCAACAGGCAAUACAUGCUUCAAAAGAUAUAAGGGCGACGAUAAGGACGAUUUUGAAGGUAGUAAUACCACUUGCAAUAACAUUAAUGGAAAACUUGCCUCAAUUGGAACGGCAUCGGAAUGGACAAAGACAAAAUUAGCUCUCGAAGAAUUAUUUGACGACGACGAAAUAUGGGUGGAUGUCACAAACCCUAACGAAGCCUGUUGUAAAACGGGCGACACUUCGUGCAACAACAAGCUUUAUGACAGUGCUGGGAACAAAUUAGCCAGUGUCAACCAUAUUUCCACGGAAUUUGACGUAGGUGACAAGCUGUGCAUUAUGCUAAAAUUGGAUGACAAAUUCAAAGCGGAGGAGUGCAAUAAGGAACAUGAAUUUCUUUGCCAAUAUGAUUGUACCCCAACCAUAACCACCACAACUACGACUACCACUACCACGACUACUACAAGUACCACCACGACUACCACAACAACAACUACUACUACUCCAACAACCACCACUACCACGACUACUACAACAACUACCACCACCACCAGGACAACUACAACAACUACUACCACCACCACGACUACUACAACAACUACCACCACGACUACCACAACAACCACCACUACCACGACUACUACAACAACUACCACCACCACCACGACAAACUACAACAACUACACCACUACCACGAACUACUACAACAAUCAACCACCACGACUACCACCAACAACCACCACUACCACGACUACUACAACAACUACCCACCCACCAUGA